AAUGGAAAAGGGGUGAGGACAGUAGAGUACAAUGCAGAAGAAGGGUUGAUGACAGUUUCAGGAGAAGUGAACCCGAACAAGCUGCUCAGUAAGAUUCAGAAAUUGGGUAAAGAAGCACAACUCAUAUCAGUGCAGAAUCACUCAUUGCUUGACGACAGCCCCGACACAAGCCAGUUCGAGACGGAGCAAGUGUUCCUUUCUCAGCAUGACAAGGAGGUGGAGAUGGUCAGAUCGAGACAGAGCAAGUGUUCCUUUCUCCAGUGCUUCUUCCGGAUCAAAUCCAGCAAGGUAAAGGUCCAACCUUCCACAUCAUCGGCUCCGGUAAGAGAGACUCGAAACUGGCAGAGGGGGCUCGAGAAUGGAAGAGCCUGGGGGUCAUUUCCCAGCAGAGCACCACCCCCACAUGGCCACCUUCCACCAUACCCUCCUCCAUACUUCGUCAUGGGCCAACCACCAAUGCCACCGCCACCAACAUUGCACUUCCAGCCUCUUCCUCCACAGAUGGUCAACCCCACACUGCACUACCCCCGCUUCUGACUCAGUCGUGAACAGUAACAUGUUACAGUUCCUGCAAA